AUGGCAGCAGCCGAUACGAUCUCCACUGAGACGGCAGGUGACGCGGGUGUCGACUACGAUGUGCUGGUGAUCGGCGCAGGGUUUGGUGGCAUCCGCAUGCUGCACGAACUGGGCAAACGUGGCCUGUCCGCCAAAGCAUUCGAAGCAGGAUCCGGGGUCGGUGGCACGUGGUACUGGAACAGGUACCCUGGGGCCAGGACAGACAGCGAAAGCUGGGUGUAUAUCAUCACCUUCUUGGAAGAGUUGGGCCUGGACUGGGACUGGAAGGAGCGCUUUCCCACCCAGCCCGAGGUGGAGGUUUAUCUCAACCGAGUCACCGACCAUCUCGGUCUCCGCAAGCAGAUCGAAUUCAACACAAAGGUCACGGCAGCUCAUUGGGAUGAGGCCAAGAACGUGUGGAGGGUCACAACAUCAAAGGGCGACACAUACACUUCCACCUACUUGGUGACCGCGACGGGGCCCCUCGCCACUCCACUGAAGCCUCCUUUCCCCGGGCUCGAAUCGUUCAAGGGCGAAUGGUACCAGACGGGGCUCUGGCCGAAACACAAAGUCGACUUCACGGGCAAACGUGUGGCUGUCGUGGGCACCGGCGCCACCGCGGUCCAGGUCAUUCCCAUUGUCGCGCACAACGCCAAAUCUCUGACGGUCUUCCAACGCACGCCCAAUUAUGUGCUCCCAUCGCGCAAUUAUCCACUUACCCAGGAUCAGCAGGUCGCUCUGAGACGUGAAUAUGAAACGGUGGUGAACCGGGCCAGAAAGCAAAGUUUCGGGAUGGACUUUGUCGACGCCACGCUCAAGUCCACCGAUCUGGCGACCGAGGCCGAGAUGCAGAGGGUGCUGGAUUACGGCUGGGAAAUUGGUGGAUUUCGAUUCAUCUUCGAGACGUUUGCCGACAUGCUGACCGAUGCCAAAUGUAACGAAAUGGCAGCCGAGUUUGUCCGCAACAAGAUUCGAUCGAUUGUCAAGGACAAAGAAACCGCGGAGCUGCUGUGUCCGCAUUACACGAUUCUGUCGAAGCGGCCUCCCCUUGGCCAUUUCUACUACGAGACCUUCAACCGCGACAACGUGCACCUGGUUGAUGUCAAGAACGACCCGAUCCAGGAGAUCACUCCAACUGGCCUGCGCACCGGCACAAAGGAGUUUGAAUUCGACAUGAUCAUCUUCGCCGUGGGCUUCGACGCCAUCACCGGGACGCUGGCGCAGAUCGACCUGCGCGGCAACCAGCACCAGCAGCUCGCGGAGCAGUUGAACAAGGACAUGGCGACCGCCUACGGUAUCACCACGCCGGGCUUCCCUAACCUGUUCAUGGUGUCCGGGCCCCAGGCACCGUUUGCGAACAUCCCAAUCAUCAUCGACAACACCGUCGACUGGAUCGGCAAGACGCUCUCCUUUAUGCGGUCGCAUGGCUACGAGCGGAUCGAAACAAAGGAGGACUCGGCGAGGCACUGGACCGAGCAGGUGGAAGCCGUCUUCAACGCCACGGUCCUACCCGAGGGCGCAAAGGAAACCCGCUCGUGGUACGUCGGCGCGAAUCUCGAGGGCAAGACGGUGCGGCCGUUGUUCUGGUUCGGUGGCGUUGCGCCCUAUUUCGCCAUCUGCGACAAGGAAAUCAGCGACGGAUAUCCUGGGUUUGAGUUUUCGACCCCGGAGCAAACGGGUCGAGCCAGGCUUUAG